UUUAUUUUUGGUUGUCCUUAUGGCAGCCCUAACACCAGGGUGCAGGAGAUAUCUGAGGGACUUUAUAAAGCUCUUUGUUUUGUGAAUGACAAUGCAUUGAGGAGCUUGACCACCUUCAUUAACAGCAACAAGAGAGAACACAGCACAGCCCCAGUUCAGCCUUAAAGUAUCCAGAGGCCACCAAUUGUAACACUGGCCCCCUGUAACCGGCGCGCGUCACGUUUCCCUGUACUGAGCCUGUUCCAAAAUAGACGGCACCCACCCACACCCUCCUCUCUCCCUGCUCUGCCCCGGUACUCUCCCUCUCUCUUUCCCUGCCGAGGAGCGUCACGCAGUUGUCCAGUGCGUGUCUUCAGCAAGUCCGCUCCGACUCCAGGAAACCGGAUCUCAGGCAAAAUCCUUCAAAGGAAUAAGAACAGCAGCAGCAGAAGACAAAGGAGGAGGAGGAUACAAGAGAAACCGUGAGAGUUGUCCAGGGAAGAGGGGUCUCCCCAAAACCUGAGCCAUGAGUCGCAGCAUUGUGCGGCAGAGUAAGUUUCGCCACGUCUUUGGCCAGACGGUCAAGGCUGAGCAGGCCUACGAUGACAUCCGUGUCUCCAAGGUGACGUGGGACAGCUCCUUCUGCGCCGUCAACCCAAAGUUCCUGGCGGUCAUCGUUGAAUCCAGCGGUGGAGGUUCGUUCCUGGUCCUGCCCCUCUCUAAGUCAGGCCGUGUGGAUAAGAACUACCCUCUGGUGAUCGGCCACUCUGGACCUGUUCUUGAUAUUGACUGGUGCCCUCAUGACGAUAACGUUCUGGCCAGCUGCUCGGAGGACUGUACUGCAAUGGUGUGGCAGAUUCCAGAUCACUCACUGACCCGCCCCCUCUCCGAUCCUAUUGUGGUCCUGGAGGGACACUCCAAACGUGUUGGCAUCGUCAGCUGGCAUCCCACCGCACGCAACAUACUCCUCACUGCGGGCAGUGAUAACCUGAUUAUUAUCUGGAACGUGGGGACAGGCGAGCCCCUCAUCUCCAUGGACGACCACCCAGACCUAAUCUACAGUAUCAGCUGGAACCGUAACGGCAGCUUGUUUUGCACCACCUGUAAGGACCGUCGUCUGCGUGUCUGCGACCCCCGCAAGAGGGAGGUGGUUGCGGAACGUCUGGCUCCACACGAGGGGAUCCGGCCAAUGAGAGCCAUCUUCACCAGAGACGGAAACAUCUUCACCACAGGAUUCACCAGGAUGAGCCAGAGAGAGCUCGGACUCUGGGACCCGACAAACUUUGAGGAACCCAUUGCACUGCUGGAGUUGGACACAAGCAAUGGAGUGUUGUUACCAUAUUAUGAUGCAGAUGCAAACAUGGUCUACCUCUGUGGAAAGGGGGACAGCAGUAUCCGUUACUUUGAGAUCACAGACGAGCCGCCGUACGUCCACUACCUCAAUACCUUCAGCAGUAAGGAGCCCCAGAGAGGGAUGGGCUUCAUGCCCAAGAGAGGUGUGGACGUCAGCAAAUGUGAGAUUGCUAGAUUAUUCAAACUCCUUGACAAGAAGUGUGAGCCCAUAACAAUGACAGUGCCCAGAAAAUCGGACCUCUUCCAGGACGACCUGUACCCGGACACAGCUGGGCCUGAUCCCGCCAUGGAGCCUGAAGAGUGGCUGGAGGGCCGCAACGAAGAUCCAAUUCUUGUGUCCAUGAGGGGCGGCUAUGUGCCACCCAAGAGCAGAGAGCUCAAAGUGGCAAAAAAGAACCUGCUGGACUCCAGACCCACCACCCGACGUAGCAUGUCCACUUUGGAAACCAACAGUCUGCCGGUAACUCCCCUUCUUGUUUUGGUUAUUUUUUCUAGUUGCUCACUGUCCUUGACCUAUUUUUCCUCUUUCUGUUUUUCUUAAUCCUUAAUUUUUCCCUCCCUGUCACUGUCUUUUUUCCUUUCUUCUUCCGUGUCCUUUUUGUCCUUCUUUCCCCUCUUCUCCUGUCCAGCCUCAGUUGCUUGAGAGGUUGUUGGAGGAGAUUCAGAAUCUGAAGGCCACCGUUUUGUCUCAGGAGAAGAGAAUCUGUGACUUGGAGAAUAAGCUUUCCCAGUACACCAACGGCACUGACUGAAGAACUGGUCAGAAUGUCAGAAUCAGUAUUAUUAUAGAAACACAUUUUCCUUGCAUUGACAAGGAACCACUCUCCUAAAUGAUCAAUCAGUGUUGCCCCUUUAUUAAAGGUACCAUUGUGGAAUAAUAUUAAUGUGGACAAGUUAAAUAAAAAUUGAUUGUGCAACAAAUUUGCACAAAUUACAUCCAUAACCAGUGUAAUUGUUCCACAUUCCAGUUUUAACAUAAUGUACCUUUAAUGCGACAGCAAAAAUAUUUUAAUAUACUCACACCUUCAGUGAUUUGUAAAGAAUGAGAAGGGUGCAAAUGUGGAAUGAGGGGGCAGUAGGUUAAAGGUAAUGUGCAAGUUGAGUUAAAGGUCUGUAGAAAGUCUAUGCUGUUAUGACUUUUUUAAUACCACUGUCAGAAAAGUAUGCAAAAAGUAGCAAAAAUCAGAAAAAGACUAGAAUGCAAUUCUUUGGUUUUGGUAAAUUGCAUCUACAUACUCCCCACAGAUAUACAUCAAGCAAGCACACUUCUCAACACGUUUGCUUCGCCCUCUGUAUCAUAUGAUCACUGACCAGUUUCUUUAAAUAAAUCUCUGAAAACUUCUCAAAAUGUAAAUAAUAAUUAAGGAACUAGGAGAAAAUGUGUUAAACUUGUAGCAAAAUGUGAAAACAAAUGUUUUGUGUUCUGUAAAGGAUUAUACAUUAGACAGAUUAUGACAACAAUAAAACAGUGUUUUGUUUUUUUUUUUAAA